CUACAGACUGUUUAUCUCCAGUUUAUUUCUAAGGUAACCAGUACACAUUUUACAACAUCAUGAAUCGAACACAAGUUUUAGCCACUUCCUUCAUUCUGCUUCUCAUCGCUACAGGAAUCGAGAGUUACAGGAUACAGAAACGGGAGGCUCCCACAAUUUUGGCUCAAGCACAGAACGUGUUGAGUUCAGCAUGGGAUCAAGUCAGUGGAAAAGCUCAAGAAUUGAUUGAGAAGGCAAGAUCCACAGGAGUAGAUGAUAAAGUGAAGGAAUAUUAUGAAAAGGGUACAAGUGCAAUCUCAACCUAUGUCAACAUCCUAUCUGACCAGGCCUACCACUGGUGGCAUGGAAACUGAGCUACCUAUGACCGUAGAUUUUGGUGAAUAUAUUCUAAAAUAUAACUUUGAUGCAUGGACCAGCAAAAAUGAUAAUUUCUAUAACAUUCAAUGCAACAUUGUUAUUGUGUAUCUGGUUAUAAAAUUAUACCUUCUAGUUAAUCAUGAUUAAAUAAAGUUGUUUUUUUACACA